UCCACUAUAGAAAUGGACCAAUCCCCCCAAAUCCCCCAAAUUUGACUCCUUUCACGCCCAAUUUUGUUUCUUUCUACCCCCUGCCCUCGUCGCGUCCGGCUCUGGUCUAGGCGGCGCGAUGGGGUACCUCAGCACGGUGAUCGGCCACCCCACCGACGGAUCGCCGGUCAGCGGCGGCGGCCUCAGCCAGAAUAGUAAGUUUAGCUACGGUUAUGCGAGCUCUCUUGGGAAACGGGCUUCCAUGGAAGACUUUUAUGAGACAAGAAUUGAAAGUGUCGACGGGCAGCUUAUUGGGUUAUUUGGAGUUUUUGAUGGUCAUGGUGGUGCUAAAGUAGCUGAGUAUGUCAAAGAGAACCUCUUCAGCCAUCUUCUUAGGCAUCCAAAGUUCAUGAGUGAAACAAAAGUGGCUAUAGACGAUUCUUAUAAAAGUACCGACAGUGAUUUCUUGGAAUCUGACAGUACUCAAAACCAGUGUGGGUCAACUGCAUCGACUGCUGUACUUGUCGGCAAUCGUCUCUUUGUCGCAAAUGUUGGAGACUCUAGGGCUAUCAUAUGCAGGGGAGGAAAUGCUGUACCCGUUUCAAAAGAUCACAAACCUGAUCAGACAGAUGAGCGGCAACGCAUCGAAGAAGCGGGAGGUUUUGUGAUGUGGGCAGGAACGUGGCGUGUUGGUGGUGUACUUGCUGUUUCUCGCGCAUUUGGUGACAAGCUCUUGAAGCAGUAUGUAGUUGUGGAUCCAGAGAUCCGGGAGGAAAUCGUUGAUGAAAGUCUGGAGUUUCUCAUCCUUGCAAGCGAUGGACUGUGGGAUGUGGUCUCUAAUGAGGAGGCUGUCGACAUGACCCGAUCGAUACAAGACCCAGAGGAAGCCGCAAAGAGGCUCCUGCAAGAGGCCUACGUGAGGGAGAGCAGCGACAACAUAACAUGUGUCGUCGUGCGCUUCUUUCAUGGUCAAGGGAGUAGCGGGCCUGCUUAAAGCCAUCACGAAGGUCUACUCUCAUGUGGCUGUUGUACUAUGAUGACACAUGCACGCCUUAAUUGAUGCUCCACGGUUUUAACGGAGAGCAGCUGGAAGGACACGUGCGCUCUGAUGUGAGAACAUGACUCAGGAACGAGUGUACCUUAGCCUUAGGUUAACAAUAAAUUUGCUAGUGAUUGUUCACCGUAGUUCUGUCGCAGAUGUUGUUGAUCUUACGAUUGUUGUGUUUGUUGUUGAUUGUGCCCAACCAUGUCUGGUGUAAUAUCCAAAACUGCCCUCAUGUGACAUGUGAGUGACUAUUGUUGUACUGAAGUGUAGCGAAUGAUAAAUGUAUUUGAUUUGUCGGAUGUAACUCGAUUUCAA